GUCACUGCUUUUAGAUCCUAUAGUGAAAUAUAACUUACUUAUAACUGUAAACUAGUGUUAUUAAUUGUAAAUACAAUAUACUUUUAAAUGAUAAUAAUACGGACAUCAAUCUGGUUGUGUGAAAAGGACCGAUAUUGCCGAAAUUAAAUAAAUAAAAUGGCCUCUAACUUUUAGAGGACUAUUGAUACAGGAUCGGAUUCAAGUCCUGAUUACACGUGCAGUAUUUGUUCGGAUGGUUUUAAUUUGAUAGAAGCCACGUUUUAUUGUCAACGCUGCUUGAAAUGUUAUUGUGAAAAGUGCCUUAAAUUGCACAAUGUACGGAACAUAAAACAUCCGGUUUUUGGCAGAGAAUACAUGGAAAAGUGGCCGGUGGUCAAGACAAAAGAAGACAUUUUAGAAGAAUGCUUAGAACAUCCUGGUCACAAAUUACAAAUGUUUUGUGAAAACCACAACCAGUUAUGUUAUUAUAACUGUGUAGAUAAAAAUCACAGGUUAGCAGGGUUUUAUUCAUAAUCAAAAUAAUAUUGCGAAUGAAAAAGGUAACAUUAUUUUUAAAAGUUUCUAUGCUGCGUUUGGGCUUUAAUACUAAAAUAUGGGAGCUAUAUACUAUUGUUUAGUCAUAAUCAUAUUAAACACAUUUCAUAUGUAUUUUUUUCUUCAUUGCAGUAGCUGCGUACAUAUGUUGGGUCUUACUGAAAAAGCACAUGACAUGCGAUUUGAGGAAGAAUUGGAACAUGUGCGCUCUGAUCUUAUCAUGCAACAACUCGAUUUCGCGCAACAGGUGGAAAACAAAGAAGCAUAUAUUAAGCUAUUGGAGGAGGCUUACGACAACUCUAUGGAUACAAUAAAGGAUUAUUAUAACCGUCUGCUUUAUCGUUUGCAUUCACUCGAAGAGCAAACAAUCGAACUGUUGAACUCCAUGUUGAGCAAGAUGAAAACAGAUCUUCAAUCUGAUAUUCAACGGUUUAGGAAGUCAAAUGAAGACCUAAAACGAUUUCAAGAAACGGUUGUUGAUUUAAGUAAAGAACGAGAAGACUUGUCGUGUAUUGCAUAUUUUAAAUCUAAACACAUGUUGUCUGAAUUUGACAAGAUGGUUAAACAGUAUUCUUCUGAGAAAGACAAGAUAAUAACAUUUGAUUCCGAUUUAGAAAUUGAUAAACAGAUCUCCAGCAUAACGUGUUUAGGUAAUUUUAAGCCUGUUCCAAUUUACGCCAGUGUAUCGACAAAUUAUUUAAAACUGCCCAAAACUCUACAAUCACGCGAAAAACCUAAUAUCAAAGUUGAUAAUGAUAGAUUUGAUUGCCGUGUAUCUGGCAUAAGUGAAAUGCCCGAUGGAACUUUUAUUAUUGUGGACGAAAGUAACAAAAAACUGAAGUUUCUGAACAAAGAUUUUGAAAUAAUAUCAUACACCGAUCUUCACGAAACACCAGCCGAUGUAUGUCGUAUAUCUCAAAGUGGAGUGGCUGUGGUAUUCAAAGGCGAUGACAGUUCGGGAAUCCAUUUCGUCAAUGUGAAAGGCGAAGACAAAUUAAUUAUAACCAAGACUCGCUACGUACAACAUCUUUGUUUUGGGAUUUGCUUCUCGCAAGGCAAUCUGUUGGUUACCUCUGACACUGCUUUAUAUGUUUAUAACCUGGACUGCAAAUUGGAGAGAUUAUUAUACAAAGAUGAAUCUGCUGAACAAAAUGUGUUCAAGUGUGCAGCGCAUCCGGAUGGGACCAAAUUGUACGUAACAAAUUUCGCGCAGCACAAACUUCUCGUGCUGGCAAUGGACGGUGCAGUGCUGGCAACGAUCACUCACCCUGAACUGAUUUACCCCACAGGCUUGCACGUUGCUACCUCCGGCAUAGUGCACGUUUGUGGUAUGGGCUCUCACAACAUUCUACAAAUAUCAGACGGCGGUAUGGUAAGAUAUGUUGUCGACCAUGAAAAUGGCGUGAAAAGCCCAAGUUGUGUGUUGUACAGUAAACAAAAAGCUUGUAUAAUUGUAGGACAAUUUCAAAAUGAAAUUAUUGUUUUCAAAGUAACUUGAGUGACUCUUAAUUGUGCACGCUUUACUAUGAUUUUGUUAUUGUGUAUCUCGCAAUUAACGCUGCUCUGCAUUUAUAUUAUUACUAUAAAAGUCUUCACAUU